AUGAGCCCUAAAUUUGGAGGUGCUGGUGGAAUGGGUGGAAAGAUGCCAUGGGAAACCAGCUUUGAGAAGGGAGAAGCAUUGAAAAAGUUUGGUAUUGACCUCACUGAAGAGGCUAGAAAAGGAAAAUUAUAUCCCAUCAUUGGACGAGAUGAUGUCAUCCGAAGAACCAUCCAAGUAUUGUCACGUCAAACAAAGAAUAAUCCAGUGAUCAUUGGUUUGCCUGGUGUCGGUAAAACGGCCGUUGUUGAAGGACUAGCUCAACGAAUUGUCAAGGGAGAAGUUCCAGACAGCAUUAAGAAAAAGAGAUUAAUUGCACUGGAUUUAGCAGCAGUGGUUGCUGGUUCAAAAUUUAGAGGUGAAUUUGAAGAGAGAGUUCAAGCAAUUCUUAAAGAUAUUCGAGAAUAUGAAGGUGAAAUUAUUUUAUUUAUUGACGAAAUUCACAUGAUUGUCAAUGCAGGCAAUGCACAAGGUUCCGUCGACUUGUCAACAUGUUAA